AUGGCGGGUGUUUCAACGCUACCUUUUCUUCCCCAAGACAUUCUGUUCGAUAUCCUCUCCAAGCUCCCUGCUAAGUCGCUAGUACGACUCAGGUGCGUUUCUAAAUUGUUUUUUGCUCUCAUAGCUGAUCAUGCCUUUGGCGUUCUGCAUCGCAAUUUGUCCUUCACACUACCCAGUAGGGCGGGCAUCCUCAUCGCUAUCAUUCCUCGAAAGCCGCUCUCCGUCCCUUCCGCCCCUUCGUAUUACACCAUCAAUUUCACCCAAGAAAACCUCCAAGCUAACCGUCUCGGCUACUUGGACACUGAAGAACCCUUUUUGAAAGGUUGUCUACACUCCUCCUCCGACGGCCUGAUUUGUCUCUCCAGACCCAAUGGAGAAGUCGUUGUUUGCAAUGUUAGUACGGGACAGCGUAUUUCCCUUCCAAGAUUCCAGUUCCCCUCCCGCCAUCCAAAUGACAUUUGUGCGCUAUUAGGGUUUGAUUCACAGUCUAAAAGAUACAAGGUUUUGAUUAUUGAUCGGAGGAGGAGCAUUUUCGAGUAUAAGCACUGGAUUUUGACUGUGGGAGUGGAUAAAUCAUGGAGGGAGAUCAAUUAUUCUUCGUACCCCUUCUACCCCUUUGAUGGCUUUGGUUGCGGUGGCUAUUCCAAUACUAGUGUCCACAUCAACGGCGUUAUCUAUUCCUAUAAUUGGCUAACUAGAGAUGACCCUACUAACUUCCACAUAGUAGCAUUUGAAGUUGGGUCCGAGAGUUAUUCUUUGAUACCAAUUCCAGCUGAAGUUCCAUCUGCAUCAAAUUUUUGUUCUAUAGAUACAUCUGCGGGAAAAUAA